AUGUGUGUGAGUGAGGGUAUCUUACCUCCAGGACCUCUGAGUGGAGCUGUGGCACGCACAGUCACGUUCACUACCACCCUCAGACCUCCUGAGAGUCCAUUUGUCUCUGUAAGCUGGAGCUUCAGAGGGAUGAACAUCAUCACAUCCUCAAACUCUGACAUCAUUGGGACCGGAUACACCAACAGGAUCUCAUUAGAUCGAGCUACGGGGGCCCUGGAGCUUGGGAACCUGGUGCCGGAGGACAGCGGGUUGUACAAAGUCACCAUAAUACCAGAAGGAGAACCACAGAAACAGGGAGAGACCACACUGAAUGUGUAUGAAUUAAUAACAGACGCCGCCAUCAGCAGCCCCGCAGCCAUCCUCAUAGAAGACAAAAGCUCCACCAACCUCACCUGCAAGGCCUCUGGCUCCAUCAGCAGAAGAGUGUGGAUGAAAGACGGCCGUCCUCUCCAUCCCAGUGAUAGAGUCGGCUUCUCAGUGGACAACAGAACAGUGUUCAUCCAACCUGUUCACAGCUCCAACCACGGCAUCUACCAGUGUCUAGUCAGCAACCCAGUCAGCACCAUGACUGCAACCCAUAAGCUCACUGUCAACUUUGGACCACAUAACAUAUCAAUUAUUGGACCAUCAGCGGCUCCACCUGGCCAGAAAGUGACACUGAAAUGUACAGCAGCCUCUGUCCCACCAGCAAUCUUCAGCUGGAUGUUGAACGGCAAUGAGACACAUGUUAAUAACUCCUUGUAUAUCAUAGAGAGGUUAGAGGCAAAAAACACAGGAAACUACACCUGCACUGCCAGAAAUAUGGUGACCUUGCAGGAAAACUCCACAGUUUUGAAUCUGAGAGAACAGAUACCGUUAUCAUCAGGAGUGGUUGCUGCUAUAGUGAUCACUGUCAUGCUGCUGUUAGUGAUCAUGGCGGCCACAGCAUACCUCAUCUUCACGAGAAGACGUGACUCUGCAGUCAGGCACCGUGUCUACAUUGAUAAAGAUGGUCCUGUGAUGGAUGUGGCCAGGCUAUCUGUUCUCAACAGAGAUGAGGAUGUGGUCUACUCUGAUGUCAAGUUUGAACCAUCCAGAGAGGUUACUGCUUUAUUCAAUGACAAACACACAGAGACCAUGCAUGCUGAUGAUGUCACAUACUCUGAGGUCAUAGUUAUGCGUCCACAGCCCAAAUGA